CACACACACACACACUUUCCCUCUCGUCUCGUUGGUCUUGCUGGUCUUGCUGGUCAGGGCUCUUUCCUGCCACCUUUGUUUUUUCUGGUGAAAAUGGCUGUUAAUAAAACGUACAUUAGUAUCGGCUAUGCCUCGUUCGGUAUGCUCAUGGGGUUCUCUGCUUUCUUGGUGUGGAACAUCGCGUUCAAACAGCCGUGGACUGCAGCCAUGGGAGGACUGUCAGGUGUGCUGGCCCUUUGGACCCUGAUAACCCACGUCAUGUACCUGCAGGACUACUGGAGGACCUGGCUGAAGGGCCUCAAGUUCUUCUUCUUCAUCGGAGUCUUCCUCUCUCUGUUAGCAGUCGUGGCCUUCAUCAGUUUCCUUUCUAUUGCCAUCAACAACAAGGAGUCCCUGAAGGACCCUCAGAGUCUCUACCUGUCCUGUGUGUGGAGCUUCAUGAGCCUCAAGUGGUCCUUCCUGCUCGCCUUGUCAGCUCACCGCUACCGCAAAGAGUUUGCUGACAUCAGCAUCCUCAGUGACUUCUAAGGGCACUUAAACAUCCCUUAGUGAUGUUGGCACAGACUUUGGAGUGUCUCGCUGUGCUGGAUUCCCAGCCUGAGAGUCCAAAGGUGUUGAAGAACAUUUUAAAAGGAAUCAGAGGAAAGGUUGGAAUACUUUGUGUUGUGGAUGAGCACUCUGAUCCUUGUUACUUACUUGCCUUCUUGGCCCAAACCUCCUCGCCCUUUUUGUAUAGUGUUUCCAGGGUUUGUUGCUGACUUGGCCACUUUACAGACACAUCCAGUUCUACUUUAUAAGAUGUUUGAUAGAUUUCUUUCCUCCUCAGCACCCUGCUUCGUCAUGCAUCUGCACAAUUUCUUCAUGACAAAAUAAAUCCAAAAUAUGGUAAUGUUUUUCAGUACUCAGUGAAGGGAAUUACUGUGCUUCAACACACUCCUCAGUGGUAAUUAUCAGUUGCAGUUUCAUGCUGUAGCCCCUAGAGGGUGCCAUCCUUCCAACAGUUAAACACCAUGUACAGUACAGGAUGUGUGCUCAACACCCUGACUUACAUCUUAGUAUUAUUAAAAAGAAAAAAAAUCUUGUUCAAUGAAUGAGGAAAUGUUGCACAUACAGCGGUCAAAUGGAUGUAAUCUGCAUAUCACAUUUCAUCACUCCAGAUGGUGAAUACAUGAUGUAUAUCCAAGAACCUCUUGGAACACAAGAAGUGUGUCGGGUCCUGCAGAGGGCAGGUCACCCCAAACCCUGCAGCAUCAACAUGAAUGUGUUCAUGUGAGAAGCAACACAUGUCCUGGUUUGAUGUAUUUGUGAACCAUGAAGGAUAAUUUUUUAAUGUAAAGAAUGAUUUUUGUAUUAUUUUUAUCAGUGUGAAAAGAUCAGUGUGUACAGUGUGAGCAUGGGCCUCAGUCAUGGCUUUAAUUUGUGACAGUAGUGUCACCACUAAUGUGCAUGCAUGUUUAUUGUCCUCAUCUGAACUAUAAAUGAAAUUUAUAUUGUUGCUUUAUGAGAUUAUUUUGCUGUAUUUCCUUUUAUCUCUGUACAUGAUAGAAAUGAAGUAUGAAUGAACGCCGGUGUGUUUGUUUAAAGG